AUGAGCUGGAACCACGCGGCCGGGAGGGUCUCGGCGAGGACCACCGCCAGCCGUGGGUUCGCGAGCGCCGGCGGCCGCAAGGCAUCGCUCGUCGAUUCCGCUGACGCCGCUCGCUCGUCCGUCGACUCCGAGGUGGCGGCGCUGGAGAGCGGCGGGGGGACGGACGGCGAGGAGGUCGCGCCGUCGGCGAGCUGCCAGCAUCAAAACCUAGAUUCUGCGCGCGUACAGGACAAACUGAAGCCUCUACUCGCAAGGGCCAACCUCAUCAUCACCAGGAAAGUAGAAUGGGCAAGUAUCAUGUUUGCGUACGCGCAGGAGACUAGAUACAUCAUAAAGGAUCCAUUCACUCCUCAGAGAAAAACUCCUGUGGGUUUAAUUCGAGAGAAAAGCAACGUCAUCCUUAGGCAGCUACUUAGGACAAGACGACCAUUCAUUGCAGAAUUUACUGAUGCCAAGGGUAAUGAGAUAUUCACGGUUCGCCGGCAUUUUAGGUGGAUCAACAGCUCCAUUUAUGCAGAAGUGGAUGGCAAGGAGGUAGGUGUAGUCCACAGCCGUUGGCAUCUUUGGCGUAGAAAUUAUGACUUGUACUUGGGGAAUAGGCAAUUUGCUGUAGUGGAGAAUCCUGGAUUUUGGAACUGGUCCUUUGUCCUGCUUGAUGAGAAUGAUCAUAUAGUAGCCAUAAUUCAUCGCAAGGUUAGGGGAUUUGGUUUGGAGAUCUUCACGAGUGCUACCCAGUAUGAGAUUUGGUUUGGCGACGUUGGCCGAAUUAUUGUGGCUGUAGAUGCUAUGGGCAACAGUCGCGUCUUUCGCGCGCUGGAUUUACCCGAGAGGGCUGUGGCUCUUGCUCUGGCACUGUCUCUGGACCAUGACUGCUUCUCCAGGAGAUUGGGCUGGGUUUUUCGUCUUUUAGGAGCAUGAGGGAAUUGUAGAAAACACCUGCUCGCUGUUGGGGCAGACCUAGAAAUGGUAGUCCCACGCCUGACUGGACUUCAACGGAUCAAAGUAUCAUCGUUCAUUUCGAUCAUCGUAGAAAGUAAAUUCAGUUCUUUCUAUCAUCGUACUACAUUCGAUCUAUCAUCGUACAGCCACGCUAGACGGGAUGACUGAUUCGUGCCAUUCGAUCGUUUUAGCACUGAUGAAUUCCAUUUUUGUCCCGCGCUUCUUCUCUCUUGAGUGAAGAAAGUAUCUCUGUGCCGGCGAGCAUUGGACCCCAAGAUUCAGGGGAACUGCCUUCUGGGGUAGAA